AUGGAGUCUCCAGUCAAAGAGGACAAGGAGGAAGACAGCCAUGCCGCGGAGGACGGGACUGCCAGCACCGAGGAAGCAAACCACCGAGAAGAACCAGCGGCAGUAGAGAACAAGCGCGAGAAGCUUAGCGAGCUGCUACGAGAAAAGAUGCUGGCUAAAAAACACUUCACCAACGCGCGGCGGACACUUCUCGUGCGCUCCAUGAAUGGCGGAGUGCGAGGAGAGCAAGCUAACGACGAGCUAGCCGAGCUAAGCUCACAUUAUGACAACGCCACCAGUGCUAUCAUGAACCUCGUCAGUCUGUACAGCUCAACUAACGAAGAGAAACGUAUGGAAGGAACGCUGCGGGAAGCGGAAUUGCUCGAGGAACAAUUCACUACCGCAACCGAGAGCAUUUUGGAGGACGUACGUGGGCAGGUACGCAGUUACGCGGAGGAAACUGACUACCUGGGCGUCUCACAGCGGCCCCACCCAGUCCAGGCUCGACGCGAACUAGCUUCGGAGGUCGGGUACGGAUACAGCGGACCUGCCGCAAGCACUAUGCCCAGUUGGGCUGGAGCCCGGAGCUACCUGCACGCGCACGGCAGAAGUUCAGUUGAGGCCUCGGAGUCUACUGCUGCACGUGGACUAGCGUACGACUACGGCUACCAUGGCUACACGUACGAGCCGACGAGCCUGUCAGCCGGCGUAGAGCAAGUAACAGUUGCAGACCAGCACCGGGGAACGGAGUACGGUCUUGCUGAAGUCAGCGAAGACAAGUACAAGGCGGUCAGCGAAAGCGGACCGAAAGUCACCAUGGGCACGGAUGAGUUGCGACCAGAGACGCCGUUGGUCCGCAGAGCGCUCACUCCGUCUAAGACCCAGGUCAGCGCGAGCAGAGCGGCAAGCGGCUCGCCUUUGUCCACGGCUGCGGCGCAGGUUGGAGGAAGCGGCGCGCCAGCUGCUGCCGCUUUCGAGUCUGGCGCCACCGGGCACUUGGACAGCGCGAACAGAGCGACAAGCGGUCCGCCUUUGUCCGCGGCUGUUCCCCAGAUGAGCGCGAGCAGCGCACCACAUGCGUCAGAUCCAGAGUCUGCACCAGUGCCUGCAACGCUAUUCAGCGCAACCGGCAGGCCGCCUGGACCCGAGCCUGCAACGCUAUUCAGCGCAAUUGGCAGGCCGCCUGGAUCCGGGCCUGUGCACGCGUCGGAAAUUCAGACCAGCGCGGACAGCGCACAGCCUGUGACCUCUGCGCUAGCUGCAGGAUCAGCACCUUGGGGAUUGAUCAGCGCAAACAGCGCGAACGGCACUGGAGCGAUCAGCAUGACCAGCAACCUACCUGUGUCACCCGCUGAAACGUUAGCACUCCAGAUUGCCAGCGCCAACAGCGCAAACGGAAUGAGGCCAGAGAUGCCUGCAUCCCAGCAGACAGUCAGCGGAAGCAGCGCAAUCGACAGACUGCCUGGAUCAUCCGUACCUGCAACGCUAUUCAGCGCAAUUGGCAGGCCGCCUGGAUCCGCUUCUGCCACGCUAUUCCAGCAAUCCGUUGACACCCGUCACACCACUACUCAGUCGCCAGUAAUUACAUCUGCGUCUCCGCAGUGGGCUGGCGCCAGUGGUGUGGCCGGCGUGCACACUGUGCCAGUAGCAAGUCUGUGGAGCCCGCCCGCUCCACAGGCCAUGGGUUUGCAACCAGCAGGGUCGACUGCCACACCAGUACCGGUGCCAUCAGUAGCACCAGGCCAAACGCGGCAUCAGCAGUCAUCGGACGAGAUAUUCCGGCGGCUGAAACCCAUACAAAUUCCAACGUUCACAGGCAACAAGAGAGCCUAUCGUGCCUGGAGAGCAGCCUUCAUGGCUUGUGUUGGGCAGACAAGCUCAAGUCCGGAGGUGAAGCUGCUGCACCUGAAGCAGUAUUUAGGUGGAGAGGCAUUGGUCGCCAUCGAGAGCCUAGGCUACUCGGCCCAUGCCUACGAAGCUGCCGUAAACCGUUUAGACAGGAAAUUUGGUGGCGAGCAGAGGCAGACAAACCUCCAAUUUGAGGAAGUAGAGUCGUUCCCCGCCCUCCGGACAGGCCGGCCUGGAGACCUGCAGAAAUUCGCCGAUUUGCUGGAUGUGCUGAUAGUGAACAUGGCGGAUGCAGGCAAGGAAUAUGAGCUGGGCGAUGGUCUUCUGUUCCGACAGCUGCAAAACAAGCUGCCCAUGCCCAUGCUGACCCAGUUUAACCGUUGGCGUCACAACAACACGAAACCCAGCAGUGUACCAACGCUAUUGGAAUGGGUGACUCUCGAGGCAGAAUUCGCUACUGGAGCAGCGGAGAUGGCCCACGGAGUCAGUUCUGCGGAUGGUCAUCAUGCAGCGGCGCUGCCGACUAAACCAGCCCCUGCAAGAAGUCGACCAACGUUCGGUGGCAGCUCCGGAGCCCACGCGUCGUCAUUCCUGGCCUCUGGUCAGAGCGCUGCCAAAAUCCAGUGUGCAGUAUGUGAUGCGCCUCAUCACACAUGGAGUUGUGACAUCUUCAAGAGCGAGUCGCCCAGCAGGCGGUGGGAAACAGCAAAGAAGAAAGGCCUCUGCUAUAGGUGCCUUGGCACUGGACAUCGAGGGACAUCCUGUACCAGAAACAGGAAGUGCGGUGUCAGUGGCUGCAGUCAGACACAUCACCAGCUGCUUCAUGAUCGUCAACCGCAGCAGAAACGGAACCUGUCUGAAGCAGCCAUGAGCAGUGAUGCAGCAUCGUCAAGCGCUCCCACAGCUUCAAUCAGCACAAGAGGGGCAACAACACCUGCAAGAGAGCCAGCCUCUAUUAAUUGCUCCAUCCAAGCAUGCGACAUCACGGAAGGGGAGCCGGAUCUGGGUGAAGAUCGGCCGCGUGGAGUACCAUCAGUCUCGUUACGCAUCCUCCCGGUGUCGCUUGUGCAUGAAGGAGUACGGCUACGGGUUAACGCUAUGUUGGACGAUGGCAGCACUACCACCUACAUAACCACUGCAGCUGCCGGCCAGUUGAGGGUGGCAGGAAGACCGCAGCAGGCAUCGGUUUCUCUUCUGAGUGGGCUGACGGAAACAUUCGUCACGACGCCGGUCAACAUCACAGUGGAAAGCGCUGACGGAACAUUCCAGUCCAAAUUAACAGCGCUAACCAUUGAUAACAUCGCAAGCAACUUAAAGGCCGUUGACUGGGCGAAUGCGGCAGCGCAAUGGGACCACCUGCGCGAUGUUCCCUUCCCGGCUCUCACCGAGAAAUCAGUGGACGUUCUAAUUGGCAGCGAUCACAGUGAAUUGCAUUCUGCCUUGGAAGAAGUCAAUGGCAAGCCAGGAGAACCGCUAGCUCGCAGAACGCCGUUAGGUUGGACAUGUAUCGGAGCUGUAUUGCACCAUGAUGAUCGACCAACUCGCGCCAACAGCACCUACUGUGGCGUACAGCUGAACCCGCUUUACAACUGCUUGCAACGGUUCUGGGAAGUUGAUCAAGGCGGCAUCAGCCCUGAGCCCCCCUGGAACAUGAAAGACCGCAGUGUGAAGGCUGAAGUUGAGCAGUCAAUGCGGCAACUCGACGGGGCUGGGUACGAGAUUCGUCUGCCAUGGAAUGAGCGAAAGUCGCAACUGCCCGGCAACUACAGCAUGGCGUUGAAGAGGUUACGCAACACGGAGAGCCGGCUGAACCGUGAUCCGUCUAUUGCAGAGGCAUACAGCAGCACAAUCGAACAGUAUGAAGCCAAGGGCUAUGUGAGGCGACUGGCGACAACAGUUUCAGCGGAAAAGGCAUGGUACUUGCCACAUUUCCCUGUCAUCCGGAUGGAUAAGAGUACAACCAAAGUUCGACUGGUGUUUGACGCGGCUGCAAGGUGCGAUGGAGUGGCCUUAAACGACUGCAUAGAGCCGGGCCCAAAGUUGCAGCGAGAGCUAUUGGAUGUGCUGCUCAGAUUUCGACGCAACCCCGUAGCCAUCGUCUGUGAUAUUCGGGAGAUGUAUCUUCAGAUUCGAAUUCACCCCGAGGAUCAACCGUACUUGCGUUUCCUGUGGCGACCACCGCAGAGCGAUGCUCAACCGGACGUCUAUCAGUUUGAGCGGCUGGUCUUUGGCCUGAAUGUUUCUCCGUUCGUCGCCCAUCUUGUGACGCAGGAACAUGCAUCAAAGUAUCUGUCGACUCACCCGCUAGGCGCCAAUGGUGUGUUGAAGUCCACAUACAUGGACGAUACUCUUGAUUCAGUAGCCAACGACAAACUGGCAGUGCAAAUGUACCAAGAGUUGUCACUGAUCUGGGCUGCAGCCGGCAUGAAGACACGGAAAUGGCUGAGUAACUCGCCUGCGGUGCUAGCCGAGAUACCCGCGGAGGACCGGCUGUCUGCACUGGAGCUCAAUGAUGGAAGCCUGCCGACGAUGAAAGCGCUCGGAGUCAGAUGGGUAGCGCAACAUGAUGUGUUCCAAUUCCAGCCUGCCUUCCAGGAAGUGAACAAGGUGACCAAACGCCAGGUGGUGAGUCAAAUUGCCAAGCUGUUCGACCCGCUAGGAUUUGUGGCACCAUUUGUAACAGUCGGCAAGGUGUUAAUUCAGGAGCUCUGGGCACUCGGCGUCGACUGGGACGACGAGGUGAUAGGGCCAUUAGCCGACAAGUUUCGACGGUGGUGCUCGGGAGCAACACAGCUGUCUGCCGUCAAUAUACCUCGUUGCCUGUUCCCUAGCGGGCCAGCCGGAGACAGCUCUAUCCAUGUGUUCGUAGAUGCGUCAAUGGUGGCGUAUGGAGCUGUAGCGUACAGCCGGGACCUAAGCUCGGAUUGUACUGUACAGACUCGCCUGGUAGCUGCUAAGACCCGAGUUGCUCCACUCAAGGCAAUUAGCAUUCCACGAUUGGAGCUUUUGGCUGCCAUUCUCGGUUUGCAUCUGGCCGAAACUGUGUGCCAAGUGCUGGAGUGGCCAAUGUCCGAGGUGACCUUCUGGAGCGACAGUGCUGAUGUUCUCUGGUGGAUCAGAAGUCCAAGCCGUAACUUCAAGCCAUUUGUAGCGCACCGUGUUGGAGAGAUCCAGACGAUGACACAGCCGCAGCAAUGGCGUCAUGUGCCAUCUGGACAGAAUCCGGCUGACCUCGCAUCUCGUGGCACUUCGGCUGCGGAGCUAAGUAGUUGUACAUUGUGGUGGGAGGGACCGCCCUUCCUGCACAACAAACCAGCGCAGUGGCCAGUGGGACCCGCCUCAUUCUCACACGAGGUCGACCAAGAGAGCAGGAAAGUGACGCUGAUGGCAAACUCGACUGCUAACGAGCAAGAAACCGUCACAGGUGACGGAAGGGGAGAAGGAAGACUUGCGCCACAUCGUUUCUCCAGUUGGCUGCGUUACAAAAGAGUUUGGGCUUGGGUCAACCGCUUCCUCGACAACUGUCGCCGUGCCGAGAAGCGAAGCGGGGAGCUGACCGUAGCGGAGCUAAGUGAGGCUGAGAACGACAUCAUCCUGGAAGCUCAACACGAAGAGUUCAAGGAUGUUAUUGAAGCAGGGCAGCAGCACAAACCCUUACCGGCCAAGUCACAUCUAGGAAAGCUGCAGCCUGUGAUAGAUGACGCUGGUCUCUUGAGAGCGUCCGGACGAACCCGACUGGCAGACAAUUUGCCUUUCGAUGUGCGCCAUCCAAUCUUAUUGCCGCGCCGGCACCCCGUAACACGUCUCAUCGUGAAAGAGCACCAUGAGAUGCGGCAGCACGGUGGAACGAACGAGACUCUUGCCGCGCUAACCACCCACUAUUGGAUUGAAGGCGCUCGGGAAAUGAUCCGCGAGUGGGAACGAGAAUGCAAUACAUGUCGUCGUCGCAAGGCAAAGCCCGUGGAACAAGUGAUGGCCCCCUUGCCGGCUAUGCGAUUGAAAACUCCACUGCGCGCGUUUGCCCGGUGUUCUGUGGACUAUGGAGGGCCAUUCUUGACCAAGCAAGGUCGAGGACGAGUUCAACAGAAGCGAUACCUCUGCCUGUUCACCUGUCUGCUCUGCCGUGCCGUCCACCUGGAGAUGAGCUAUGCACUAGACACCGACUCCUUUCUGAAUGCAUUCACGCGGAUGGUCGGCCGACGUGGACUGCCGUUAGAGAUGUUGUCCGAUAAUGGCACAAACUUCGUGGGAGCCAACAAGGAAUUGCUAGCCCUUGUGCAACAGCUCGACCAAGAUGCCAUCCAGCGGUCUCUGGCAAACCGAGGAGUGGUGUGGCAUUUCAAUCCGCCAUUGGCCCCACACCAUGGAGGAGUCCACGAGGUCAUGAUUAAAGCAGCCAAGAAGGCAUUGACUGCUAUUCUCGGCAACUCUCCAGGCGUCUUAACUGAUGAGCAGCUGACGACGGCCAUUGUCGGAGUUGAGGCGCUCCUCAAUUCUCGGCCUCUGACAUACCAGAGCGCCAGUGCUGACGACAACACCCCGCUUACCCCGUUGCACUUUCUGACGGGACACGCUAACGGGCAGCCUGCACCUGCGAGCGUCGACACGACAGAGUUCAGCCCAGAGAAGAGAUGGCGGUUAGUGCAGGACGUAAUACGCCAAGUGUGGAAGCGCUGGCUACAGGAAUGGGUUCCGACGCUCAAUGCUUGUCGCAAGUGGAUCAAGAUCAAUCGGGACUUGGCUGUUGGAGAUAUGGUACUAGUUCUUCAUCCCGACACGCCACGAGGGCACUGGCCGUUGGGAAGAAUCACGGCAGUUUUUCCUGGUCCAGAUGGGCAUGUACGAGUGGCUAAGGUGCUUGUGGGCGGCAAGGAGAAGACACGCCCUAUCACGCGACUAUGUCCGCUUGGCUUGUGCUAA